AUACGACACCUACUAACCCCAAUCUCCAUCCAUUCACUCCCUGUCCUCUCCUCUCCUCGCUUAGCUUUCUUCCUCCUUGGUAGCUCUAGUCUCCUUGCUGUGGGUAGCCAUGGCGGCCCCGAUGUUGAACCAGCUCAACACCCUCGUGGCCAACAUGUUCGCCGCGGGUUUGCUGGACGAUCAGUUCCAGGAGCUGCAGAUGCUACAGGAAGGGAGCGCCCCAGACUUCAUCGUCAAGGUUGUCACACUCUUCUGCGAGGACGGCGAGCGUAUCAUCGGCGAGAUCGCCAAGCUGCUAGACAAGCCAUGUGUGGACUAUGACAAGGUGAGCGGUUUUGUGCUUGAGCUCAAGGGAAGCAGUGCAUGUAUUGGUGCUCAGAGAGUGAAGAACAGCUGCAUUCAGUUCCAUCAGUGUUGUCAGGAGAAGAGCAGAGAUGGGUGCCUGAACUCACUGGAUUCUGUGAGGAACGAUUUCUAUGAUGUGUGCAGCAUGUUCAUGCCACAUGCUUCAGCUGAGCCAGCAGGUCCAGGCCUUAAUCCUUAACUCUAGACUUGAGCGAUAAAGCUGGAGCUGCAUGUUCUGAUGGCACAACACCUUUGAAGUCCUAGAACAUGCUCAACCUAGCUUAUAUAGCUUGGAGUCAUUUGCUUAUGUGGGGUCUGUAGCUGUCUGGUGGCAAGCUAAUCAUCUACUAGUAUCGAUGUCUUUGUUAUCAUCCGUAGUUUCGUUUGGAAUUCUGAGUGGUCAAAUAAAAAAUUCAGCUGUAGCUGUUUUGUGGAUUAUUGGUGGUUAAUAUGGUGUCUUAGUUCUAGUCGGUUUGUUGUUCGUAGAAAUGCAGCUGCAGUGUAAUCUUUACAAUAUUGUGCCUCGUCGAUCGGUGUACCGACUGUUGUGGUACAUUGUGGAGAACAGAUUUGAUCUAUCUAUUUUAUUUCAUAUUAUUAAGACGAGGCAAACAAG